GGUCACACUGGCAGAGGUAAACACGUUGCACUGCAAAUUAACUUUUUGUUAAGUGCUGUGAACUGAAUAAAACAAUUGUUUUAAACAAUUGCAAGGUCCCUCAACCUUUCAACUAUGGCCACAACUGAGCGAAAGGGCACCUUUAAGGUGGAGUACCUCCAGAAGAUCGAACGAGAGGUCCAGGAGCGAUGGGAGAAGGAGCGUGUCCACGAGUCGGAUGCCCCAACGGCACCCAAGAAGCGGCAAUCGGAGAAGUUCUUCGUCACCUUUCCGUUUCCCUACAUGAAUGGCAGGCUCCACUUGGGCCACACCUUCUCCCUGUCCAAGGCGGAGUACUCGGUGCGGUAUCACCGCCUCAAAGGACGCCGCGUCCUGUGGCCCUUUGGCUUCCAUUGCACUGGAAUGCCCAUAAAAGCAUGCGCCGACAAGCUAACCCGCGAACUGGAACAAUUUGGUUAUCCGCCAAAGUUCCCAGAGAUUGCAGAUGAGGCUCCGGCGCCCGUGGAAACCAAGUCGGAGGUGCCCAAGGACAAGUCCAAGGGUAAGAAGAGCAAAGCGGUGGCCAAGACAGGCACGGCUAAGUACCAAUGGCAGAUUAUGCAGAGUCUGGGUCUCAAGGAUGAGGAGAUCAAGGAUUUCGCCAAUGCGGAGCACUGGCUGAAUUACUUCCCACCGCUGGCGGUGAAGGAUCUCAAGCGGAUAGGCGUGCACAUUGAUUGGCGUCGCACUUUUAUCACCACGGAUGCCAAUCCCUACUUUGAUUCCUUUGUCCGCUGGCAGUUUAAUCAUCUGAAGGAGCGCGGCAAGAUCUUGUAUGGCAAGAGGUACACCAUUUACUCGCCCAAGGAUGGCCAGCCCUGCAUGGAUCAUGAUCGCAGCACGGGCGAGGGUGUGGGUCCUCAGGAGUACACCCUUAUCAAGAUGAAGGUUCUAGAGAAGCCCAAGGCUUUGAGCUCCAUCAAGGAAACUAUUUACUUGGUGGCUGCUACCCUGCGUCCGGAGACCAUGUACGGUCAGACCAACUGCUGGCUUCAUCCGGAUAUCAAGUACAUUGCCUGGCAAACCACUAAAAACAAUGAAGUUUGGAUUAGCACCAGGCGUGCAGCCCGCAACAUGGCUUAUCAGGGUUUUACUGCGGAGGAAGGAAACAUUAAAGUGGUGGCUGAAGUCAAGGGUCAGGAUUUGUUGGGUGUUUCCCUGUCUGCUCCCUUGACUCCACACAAGACCAUCUACACCCUGCCCAUGCUCAGCAUCAAGGAGGACAAGGGCACGGGCGUGGUUACUUCAGUUCCCUCUGAUUCCCCUGAUGAUUAUGCUGCCUUGGUGGAUCUGCAGAAGAAGGAGGCCUUCCGCCAGAAGUAUGGUCUUACGGAUGAGAUGGUCUUGCCUUUUGAACCCAUACCCAUCAUAGAUGUGCCUACUUUGGGCAAACUGAGUGCUGUGCAUGCCUAUGAGACCCUGAAAAUACAAUCCCAAAACGACAAGGAGAAGCUGGCGGAGGCAAAGGAACUGUGCUACUUGAAGAGUUUCUAUGACGGCGUCAUGUUAGUAGGAGAUUUCGCUGGCCGCAAAAUCCAGGAUGUCAAGAAGGAUCUGCAAAAGAAACUUGUGGAUGCCAAUGAGGCUGACAUUUACUACGAACCCGAAAAGACCAUCAUGUCGCGUUCUGCCGAUGAGUGUGUGGUGGCCCUGUGCAACCAAUGGUAUCUCAAUUACGGCGAGCCUGUGUGGCAAGCCCAGGCCACCAAGAUCCUCAAGGAUAUGGAGACAUUCCACGAAGAGGCGCGCAAUAACUUUGAGGCUAUCCUCAACUGGCUCCACGAGUAUGCCUGCUCUAGAACCUAUGGUUUGGGCACCAAACUCCCUUGGGAUGAGCAGUGGCUGAUUGAAUCGUUGUCAGAUUCCACCAUUUACAUGGCCUUCUAUACAGUAGUGCAUCUCCUGCAGGGCGGCACUUUCCGCGGCGAGAAGCCAGGACCCUUUGGCAUCAAACCCUCGGACAUGACGGCUGAAAUUUGGGAUUACAUCUUCUUCAAGGAGACUCCCCUGCCCAAAAAGACCAACAUCAAGGCGGAAUAUCUGGCUGUGCUGCGUCGCGAGUUUGAGUACUGGUAUCCCUUGGAUCUUCGGGUUUCCGGCAAGGAUCUCAUCCAGAAUCACUUGACCUUCUGCCUGUACAAUCAUGCGGCCAUUUGGCCCAACGAUGAGACCAAGUGGCCCAAGGGUAUGCGUGUAAAUGGCCAUUUGUUGCUCAAUUCCGCCAAGAUGUCCAAGUCGGAUGGUAAUUUCCUUACCCUAACCGAGGCGGUGGACAAGUUUUCGGCUGAUGGCAUGAGAUUGUGUCUGGCGGAUGCUGGCGACAGCGUGGAGGAUGCUAAUUUUGUGGAGAGCACUGCGGAUGCUGGUAUCCUGCGGCUGUACACCUUCAUUGAGUGGGUCAAGGAGAUGCUGGAGACGAGGAGCAGCCUGAGAAAGGGUGCGGAGAAGACCUUUAAUGACAAGGUCUUUCUCAGUGAAAUCAAUUUGAAAACCCAGCAAACGGAUGACAAUUAUCGCAAGAUGUUGUUUAAGGAGGCCUUGAGGAGUGGCUUCUAUGAGCUUCAGUUGGCCAGGGAUAAGUACAGGGAGCUGUGCGGCUCUCAAGGCAUGCACGAGGAUCUGGUGCUGGAAUUCAUCCGUCGUCAGGCUUUGUUGGUGUCACCCAUUUGUCCCCAUGUGGCGGAUCAUGUCUGGGGUUUGUUGGGUAACAAGGAGUCCAUUGUUCAUGCCCGUUGGCCCGAGGUGGGUGACAUCAAUGAGUUGGACAUUAUGUGCUCGGAAUACCUCAUGGAAGCAGCUCACUCUUUCCGCUUGAACCUGAAGAACUUGCAGCAGCUGAAAAGCAAAGCCAAGGCUGUGGAUCAGCCGCGGGAAAAACCCAAUCGUGGCUUGAUUUGGGUGGCCAAAACCUAUCCUCCCUGGCAGUGCUGUGUCCUGGACACCAUGAGGGAGUUGUUUAACAAAACCCAAUCCCUGCCGGAUAACAAAGUCAUUGCUGCCACACUGCAACAAAAAGCGGAGUUGAAGAAGUUCAUGAAGCGGGUGAUGCCUUUUGCUCAGAUGAUCAGGGAGAAGGUGGAGUCCGGCAAGGGUGUGGCUGCCCUGGCUGUCAAUUUGGAGUUUGAUGAGCGUCAGGUGCUCAUCAGCAAUGUGGAUUACCUCAAGAAUACACUGGAUCUCGAUGUCCUCGAAAUCAAGUAUACAGAUGACCCCUCGGCCCCGGAGAAAACCCGUGAGGAAGUACGUCCUGGCUCGCCCUUCAUUAACUUUACCGUGGCUCCAAAUGUCAGCGUUGAGCUCACAAAUCCCAUUGAACGUUCCUCACUCUUCCAAGUCAACACUGUCAUCUCCGAGGGCGACACAGUCAAGUCGCUGCGGGAAAAGCUUUCCAAAAUCAUUGGCCUGAAAUCGGAUGCUGCGGUUAAUCUUAAGAUUUGGCGUUAUGAUGAUCCUCUUUUGGGUCCCCGGAAGAUACCCAACUUUGAGGAUUACAAAGCGGGCAAGAGUGUCCUGGGUGAGGGCAACUUUAUCCUGGAUGUGGACAACAAGAAAGUGAGCCUGGAGCAGGGCGGCAAGCAGACAGAAGUGGGCAGGAAUCUAAUCUAUGUUGUGGACUAAAGAGAAAGAGCAUCACUGGGUUCGUAAGCGAACUUGAAACCUUGUAAAACACACAAAAUCGUUGGCUUUUAAAAUAAAGAAAUUAUGAUUUUUUUUUAUCAACGAAAA